CGUGCGGAUGCUGAGAGCGAGUGGGAGCUUUAAAGUCUCGGGCGGGAGUUGCCGUGGGCUGAGGCUGUCCGUCCGCCGGCUGCUGGGCGACUGGGACCGCCGUCUCCGCGGCCCUGCCUCCCGGCCCAGGAGAUUCCGUCAUCACUUCCCACUCCCCGCUGCUCUCACGAAGACGACGCUGGUUGCUGUCGGUCCGCCAACCUGGUACCAUACAAUGCCAUUAGAUGCCAAAUGCAGAUUCUUGUUGCUUUAUGCCACUGAAAAAGGACAAGCAAAAGCAAUUGCUGAAGAAAUUACUGAAUAUGCAGAUGGAAAAGGAUUUGUAGCUGAUCUGCAUUGUCUAAGCCAAAUGGAAGAGUUUAACCUGGAGAAAGAACAUGCUCCAGUUGUUAUAAUUACCUCCACAACUGGUAUUGGGGAGCUCCCAGAGACGGCAAAGAAGUUUUUCCAGGAAGUUAGUGGCAUCUCAGCACCUCAGCAUUAUGCACACUUAAAAUAUGCAGUAUUAGCUCUUGGAGACUCAACUUACACAUAUUUUGCCAAUGGUGGGAAGAUGAUUGACGAGCAGCUCCGGCGGCUUGGCGCAGGUCACUUCUACGCGACUGGAUAUGCAGAUGAUAGUGUAGGACUGGAGUUGGUUGUCACUCCUUGGAUUGAUGGUCUUUGGGGUGCCUUGAAGAGCGCAUGUCAUGAGCAAGCAGGAAGGAACAGUGAUGGAGAGAGAACGUCUGAUACAAAUGAUGCGUCAGGGAUAUGCAAACUUCAUGGCAGCAGUCCUGGUCUUUCAUCAGAGAUUGAAUUAUUGAAAUUAGAUGCAACUGUUUCAACAGUGGUUGACAAUUCAACUACCACACCUGAGAAUUUGGAACAGAGCACGUUGGUGGCGGGAUCACGGGAGUAUUUACCAGGGCCAGCCUGGGUACGCUCUGAGAAGCCACUAUCAGAAGCUCCUCUGAAUAUCCCUACUCUGCCAAUAGAGUAUCUCAAUGUGGAAUUUCAGAAAUGUACAGAACAGGAUUCUUUGCAAGAAUGUUUCCCCCUUGUACCAGACAUCACUGUGUUUCAGGUACCAGUGACUAAAGCAAUUGCUCUGACCCGGGAGGACGCAGUGAAAACUGCAUUACUCAUAGAAAUUGAUAUUUCUAAUACAUCAGUAACAUAUGAGCCUGGUGAUGCUUUCAGUGUCAUAUGUCCCAAUAAUGAAAGUGAAGUGGAAUACUUAAUUCAAAGGCUUGGACUGGAAGACCAGAGAGACCACAUUGUUGAUUUCUACAUCCAACCAAACACCAAGAGAAAAGGUGCACACCUGCCCAAUUACAUACCAAAACGGAGAACACUGCAGUUCAUUCUGACUUGGUGCCUGGAAAUACGAGCAGUUCCUAAAAAGGCCUUUUUGCGAGCAUUAGUUGAGUACACAUCUGACCCAAGUGAGAAACGGCGAUUGCAAGAACUAUGCAGCAAGCAGGGUGCGGCAGACUACAACCAGUAUAUCAGAGACUUCAAUGUUUGCCUGCUUGAUAUCCUGAGAUCAGUUCCAUCGUGCCAUCCACCAUUUAGCCUACUUCUAGAACACUUACCAAAGCUGCAAGCUCGAUCUUACUCAGCUGCAAGCUCAUCCAAAUAUUAUCCUGGGAAGCUUCAUUUUGUUUUUAACAUUGUUGAGUUUCCAUCUUCGGCCGUGCAGCCUAUUGCCCGGAGAGGGGUUUGUACAGGUUGGCUGGCCCAGCAGGUAGCUCCAGGGCUUCAGGGCUACGACAGUGAAGCUGCAAUUGCCGAUUGUUCGUCAAAUAGGUUUGCAACAACCCAGAUUUACGUUUUCAGUCGGCAGAACACAUUUUUCCAUCUACCCUCUGAUACUGCAGUUCCUAUCAUCAUGGUGGGGCCUGGAACUGGCAUUGCUCCUUUCAUAGGUUUCUUGCAACACCGACAAAAACAAAGAGAAGAGAAUCCUGAGUGUACUUAUGGAGAAACCUGGCUGUUCUAUGGCUGCCGGCAUUGUGAUCGAGACUAUCUGUUUCGAAAAGAAUUGCAGGAUUUUCUAAGUAAUGGCACUUUAACACAACUGAAGGUCUGUUUCUCAAGAGAGACGGCAGAUGGAAAACCAAAAUAUGUUCAACAUUUACUCCAGCAUUUGGCCCAUGAUGUCACAAAAGUUUUGCUGAGUGAACGUGGCUAUAUGUAUGUUUGUGGAGAUGGCAAGAAUAUGGCUAAAGAUGUGACUACCACUCUGACUGAAAUUAUAUCCAAAGAGCUGGGAGUGAAUACUCUGGAAGCCAUGAGAGUUGUAGCCAAUCUGCGUGAAGAGAAGCGCUACCUGCAGGAUGUCUGGAGUUGAAUGAGCCUAGAGAAAAGGAUUCAAAACCAGUUGCAUGUUUUUCCUUAAGAUGUUUGCAAAGACAUGAGACAUUUUUAACCAGUGAUAAGUUUAGGGGAACAAAUUGGAAAGUCUAUUCUUUUAGGCAAGAUGUUCGGAUUUUUUUUCAUCACAGACCAUGUUAAAAACAUUAAACAUAAUGGUGAUGUCCCCCUUGUUGACGAACACUAUGUUGACAGAAGAAGUGAUGAUAGCUUGUCAAACAUCUUUCUGUGAGAUGCUCUACCAGAUGUAGGCACUUCUUGAAAGAGUUGUUGGUGAUUAUUUUUCUGCUUUUUGAUGGACUACCCCAUAAACAGCAGUUUCCCUUCCCAUGUGUAACUGAAUGGUACAUUUGACAAACAUCAAUGUAAGUGUAACAUUUAUUUAUUCAAAUUUUAAGAUGUGUCAUUUGAAACCAUUUAAUUAGUAAGUUAUAGUUUUAGGCAACACAGCUAUAACUUAAAGACUCCAGCACUUUCAGUACAUUUAUAUCAUGACAUACAAAUUUAAUCUUAAGAAAUUCUCAGGAAUAGUCAUGGACCAUUGUUUUCCCACAUUUCAUCAUUUUAUUUAUCAUGUUCUCAUUUUUCUCUGUCUUUAUGUUAGAUACUAAUUUUUUUUUAAUCAUCAAGGACAUUAUACUUUCACCACUUGGCUCAAUAUUACCAUAGGAUCAUGCAGCAUAGAAAAUGCUCAUGUUUCCCAUGUAAGCUGUGUUGCCUACCAACAUUAAUUCCAUUUGCCUGUACUUCUCUAUGCCUGUCCUGCCUUUUGAAAGUUAUAUUGGUAUCUGCACCUACUACUUUUUCUAGCAUCUCAGUCCAUCUCUGUAUGGGAAAACCCUUUUGCUAUCAAUCAUUUUUUCAAUUUCUCUCCUUUCUUACUGUGCUCUCUAGUUCUAGAUUCACCUGCCGAGAGAAAGAUUCUGAUUAUAUAUCCUUUCUAUGCCCCUCGACAUUUUCAUUUCUUCGUUAUGUGCCGUGUCACAUGGUAUAGGUGAUCAUGGUCUUUCUUGGGAAAUUUUUCUACAGAGGUGGUUGGCCAUUGCUACCCUCUGGGCAGUGUGUUGGGUGAGCCCAGCCAUUAUCAAUACUCUUCAGAGAUUGCCUGCCUGGCAUCAGUGGUCACAUAACCAGGACUCAUAUGGUCAUCAACCACCAGCUCCCAUGGCUUCAUGUGACCCUGAUCAGGUUGGGAGGGGGGAGUGGCUAAGCAGGUGCUAAACUUUACCCAAGGGUGACCUGCAGGCUAAUGGAGGAAAAGAGCAUCUAGCAUCUCCUUUGAUAGAGAUGUGUCUCCACCCUCAUAAUUUUAUAAACCUCUAUAAGGUCGGCCCUCGGCCUUCUUUCUCCCAGUGAAGAUAAACUCAGCCUAUCCCAUCUCUCCUCAUAACUACAGCCCCCAAUUUCAGGCAAUGUCUUGUUGAAUCUUCUGAUUUCUCUCUUUUGCUACCACAUCCUUGCUGCAGUGUGGCAAUCUUAACUGUACAGUGCUCCAAUAUUUUGUACUGUAAGACAUACCAAUUGUAAGUUCAAUGUCUUGCCUAUGAAGGCAAGCACGCCAUAUGCCACCUUUACAUUCCUAUCCACCAAUGUUGUUACCUUCAGCACACCGUAGACUUGCACCCCAAGAAUUCUCUGCAUCAAUACUCCGUUUACUCUUGUGCCCAUCAGAUUGCACGAUGAAAUUCCACCUGGUCAUUUCGCCCAAAGUCCCACUGUAUCCUGAGAUGGCCUUCGCUGUCAAUAACACCAUUAAUUUUAGUGUUAUCAGUCCAUCUAAAUUUUCAUCCAUGUCAUUUAUAUAUGUUAGAGACAGCACAGGUCCCAGCACUGAUCACUGUGGUCCAUCUGGUUACAGAUUUCUAUUAAGGGAACAUAAACAUCAUUCACUGCCGUCUGCGUGUCAAGUUUGGACUCAGUUUGCUAACACCUUGGAUUCAUUGUACCUUAAACCUUUUGGACCAGCCUGCCAUGUGGGAUCGUGUCAAGUGCCAUGCAAACUAUUUCUACUGUUCUGCCUUUACCAAUUUUCUUAGCCACUUCUUCAAAAAAACCUUUUCAGAUUUGUGGGACCUAAUCUCUUCUGUGCACGGAACAAAGCUAUACUUCUCUAACAAACUUCCCUGCCAUUUAUGCAAGGCUCACAGGUCUAUAUUUUAGAAGGGCUUAUCUCUACUGCCCUUCUUGAAUAAGGAAACAAUAUUGGGUAUCUAGCUUCUCUGAUCUGUGAAAUUUAUCAUAUUAUCUUGUACUUCUCUUUGCUCGGAGGCUAUUUGACCAAUUGAAUCAAUGCUAUCCCCCAAUACUCACAUCAGUGUUCCUCCGUUUACCUUGAAUCAGCUCUCCUCUGAUUGUCCUGCUGGGCAGCUGGACAAGAGCUGAUACUGGCUGAUACCAGGGCACUUGUGGAAAUCCACGAGUUACAAGGAGAACAUGCAAACCCUGCAUAGACUGCACCAAGCAUCAGGAUUAAACCCAAGGACACUGGAGCAGUGAAGCAUCACUAUGCUACACAGUUUGUAACACACCUGAGGAAGCGGGAUCCAUUUUAGUUCCACUUCCCAUUCGCAUUCUGAUAUGUCCAUCCAUGGCCUCCUCCACUGUCGUGAUAAGGCCACACUUAGGUUGGAGGAACAGCUCCUUGUAUUCCAUUUGGGUAGUCUCCAAAUCUGAUGGCAUGAACAUUGAUUUCUCAAACUUCCAGUAAUGCCUCCCCCCACCCCCUUUACCAUUUCCCAUUCCCUUUUCCCUCUCUCGUUAUCUCCUUGUCUGCCCAUCACCUCCCUCUGGUGUUCCACCCCCCCCCCCCACACCCUUUUUUCUUUCUUCCAUGGCCUUCUGUCUCUUUUACUAAUCAACUUUGUAGCUCUUUGCUUCACCCCUCCCCCUCUAAGUUUCACCUAUUGCCUGGUGUUUCUCUCUCCCCUCCCUCCACCUUUCAAAUCUAUUCCUCAGCUUUUUCUCCAGUCCUGCUGGAGGGUCUCAGCCUGAAAUGUCGACUGUACUUUUCUCCACAGAUGCUGCCUGGCCUGCUGAGUUCCUCCUGUAUUUUGUGUGUGUUGUGGUCCUUAAAGGAAAUGAACUUAUUUCAUAAAUUUUAAAGCAACUAGACAUGUGAGAUAAUGCAUUAUUAUCAAAUUUGAAGUUUAAAACAUAGAGAUCAUAAAGGUCUAAUGGUUUAAAAUCAGAUUAUGAAAUUCUCUAACCUUUGUCUCCUCAUUCUGCAGGUUUUGUGAAUGGCUUCAAUUUUAGGUUUACAUUCCUUUGUAUUCCUCUUGGGUAGAGUUGGCGUUUUUAUUAAAGGAUGUGUAUUUGG